AAAUUCAACAUGAAGCAGUUCGCAUUGUUCAGCAUCUUUCUCCUAAUUCUGGCUGUGGGUUUGGCACAAAUGCCGCUGCAGGUGGCCGCCCAGGGCCAAAAUGGACAACCGCAGGGACAGCCGCCAAGACCGCCAAAUGGCAAUGGAAACGGCAACCAGCAGAGUGGACAAGGACAAAGCGGGCAGAACAACAAGAACUAGAUUGUUUCUGUGGGGGCCACAACUCCUGGCCACCUUCCAGUUACUUAAAUAAACACUUUCCUCAGCAAA